GCUCAGUCAGUGCACGCGCACCCUCACUCACAAUCUGCGCGGUCACCGUGGUGGAAAGCAAACAAUGCAUGCGCCGCUGCCAAGAAAACAUCGAGCAAUGGACGCAUUUAACGCUCCGGUCGCUCUUUUGAGAAGAAGAAGUGGGUUUUAACGCAAGGUACAAACUAACAGCGUAUCUUCAACCUCAGCUUAAAGAACGUGAUCGUUACUUGUGAAGAAACAGCCAGUGUGGAUUGUUUAUUUGCUGUAAUAUUUGUGGGAUUGUUAACCUGAUGUGUUGACCAUGCGCUCACAACAAAGUUUCAUGGCAUUCAUGAGCAACAAGGAGAGUGCUUUACCUAAAAAAGACAUCGAUCGCCUGUGCUGUGCAAAAUGCCGAUUUUCAACAAAGGACACUGACCUGUUUGAGAGGCACGUUUCCCAUCAUAAAGAGGUCACGUUCUCCUGUGCUCUCUGCAGUUAUGUUUCCUACUCUAAAACCGAGUCUCAGAAACACGUCGUCUCACACACGGGCUCAUACCCGUACCGCUGUAGCUUCUGCUCGUACGGAGCGGUGCGGAGGGACUACUUGGUCAAACAUAUUCUUCGUAUACACAAGAAGAACGCAGAAGAAGGCUUCAUAACGGAUUUUACUGUACCCACGCCAGCCGUCCCUGAAACUCUCGGGAUGUCGGGUUGGCCUGAAGGGAACGGCCAGUGUGCAAUUCCCAAUUCCCAAGUCGAACAUCCGAGUGGAAGUCAACCCAGAGGCAACAAAUCAUGUGCUAUUGGUCGAGCAGUGAGCCAAACUAGCGGUAGUCGUGCACGUGUGACCUUCAGUUUGCCAACGCCAAGUGUCACCAACACAAUUCCGGUUUCUAAGACACAGUUCACCAGUGCUACUCCCAGCUGCACUUCAAGCGCAAGUCACUCGUUAGGCAACGCGCCUCACGUGGUUCUAAGGUCACGGGAGGAAAACGGCAACCUAUCAAACCCCCUGCUCAGUGUCCAUGGUCAAAGUAAGGUGGCUGGUCAAAGAACCACUUUGGAAAAGCCUAUUCCGAAAGUCACAUUCUCCAGAGUCCAGGAUAGUUAUACAGCACCACUACCGCAGAGCCCGAGAGUCCCUGAAAAGACUGUGCUUUCACAAACCCCUCGCAGAGUGCGGUUCCCACUGCCUGGUGAAAUGAACACCCCGCUCAGAACGCUGCUUAACAUGCCCUUGUCCAAGAGGAAUGUUCCAAAUGUCCCAAUGGAUCAGAGGGCUAGUCAGUCCACAACAGGGAUUAAUGUUACGAUGCUGAAAACGAGUACAAAUCCCAGUGGUUCGAUCAUAAGUCCACAGCACUCCACUGUCGAAAAGAGCAAUCAGUCAAAGACAAACUCCAGGAUACUUGUAGGAUCAUCAGCCGAGACAUCAAAUCCGUUAUCCAGCGUCCAAGUGGAACUGUUAGCACCGCUGAACCAGCCAAUUCAACACAACAAGCCUUUGACAGUGUCCUGUCCAGAGGAGAUCAAUAUCCCUGCUGGGUGUUUGGUGGAAUUGGUUGAAGUGAAAAAUGUCAAUGGGACUCGGGAGCUGGAGCUACGGUUGAUCCCGCCGAAUGGAGUCCCGCAAGGCCAGAAGACUGAGGAAAGACCUUCACCAGUUGCUACUGGAGGCAAAUUAUCCUUUAAAUGUCAAGUUGCUGCGACUGCCAAAGGGUGUCCAGUCAACCCGUCCACAUCUUCAACAUCUCACAAGGUCAAAGAGCAGGAGCCGUCAUCAUCCACUGAUGUCCAGAGAACCACAAAGAGAGUUAAUUCAGUACACAAACCACAGUGUUCUUCAGAGACACCAGCGAGGAAGAAGCUCAGCCUGAAGCCCAAAGAUCCCGGGAGCAAGCGAUCAGCGGUGGCUCGUGACGCCGCCGCUCUCGAGGGCCCAGAGUUGAGUUCUGGAGGCCUUCCCGUGAUCUCGUCGGUUUUCUCUCUCUGUCCUACACCUACUUCGACCAAAAGCAAGGAAGCAAAGGACAACGUGGGUAGUGCAAAGCAAUCGGUGGUCUGUAGUUUUCUGAUUAAAAAGGAGGAGGAACUUGAGGAGAAACACAAAGAUGCUUCUGUGUGCCUCAAAGAGACUAAGACAGAGGUUGAGAAUACUGAAGGCUCUACAAUAGCAAAGACUUGUAGACGAGGGAAAACACCAGCUGGAAAAACAAGUCAUUUAAAACAAGCUCCAAAUCUGACCGUGGCUCAACCAAACCAGAGCAUCGUCCCAUCAGACAAGGCCAACGUUUCGCAUCAAGACAAGGGAAAUUUUGAAUGCGAGUCUGGAAGGAACUUGGAUUGCCAACAACAACGUCUCAUGUAUCCGAAAGUAGCUUUGGUGAGGAUCCCGAGUUCUUUGUUGGAAGCCUCGAAGAAGCUUCCCGAGGCGCCAGUGCGAGAGGAGAGUUUGACGGCACGACCGGUUCUCUGCUGCAUGUUGAGUGAGGAGAACUUGUCCGGUGGCCCUUCAGUGGCCAUCAAGCUGAUACUAAAGAGAGACUUUCGGGAAAGUCAAGAGAAGAGCCAAGACCGAGACUCGCCGCCGCGUAAAAAACAUAAAAAGGAAAAGAGAAAAGCCAAAAAACGUCGGUCAUCGUCGUCGGUCGAGAUGGGCCUUCCCCGUCUCCCAUCGAAAGGUCAAAGAGAACUGAGGUUAACUCCUCUGAAAGCGGAUCAGCUCGUCAGGAUUCCCGGUCCGAACCAGCCGGUUGUGGUCCUGAACCAUCCGAGUCCUUCAAAUAAAACAUUCAAUGUCGGCGUCCAAACGCUGAAGGACUUUAAGUGGGUACGCUCGACGGAUCACGAGCGGGAACGACCUGCGCAGAAGCAGCCUUCGCUCAAGAUGAAACUCAAGAAAGUUCACGGAGAGAACUAUCAGGUUGUGGAGUUGGUCCUCAACGGACUCUCGGAUCAACACGUCUUAUAAACUUCCCCUUGUAAACAUAUUUCAUGUUGGUAUCAGAUUUUUAUAACGGUGCAGUUGUAGAGAAACCUGACCCUGUGUGAGAUCAUAACCUUAGUAUUAAUACACCGAUAAACAUUUCAUGAACUAACAUAUUGGAGCUACUCUAUGACUCUUCCAGCAUUGCUUACCCGGUCCCACUCGACGGCUGCAAUGACGAACACCUUCAUUCAGCUUCUUCUGUAAAACUGAACUGUGCCAAUCUGUGGAUGCUAUAACGGACACGCAGAGGUUUAACCGACACUAAUGUCUGUUUUAGGAUGUGGUGUGUUCAUGAUUGUACAGGCUCAUUUUAAAUACAACUCACGUUUGUGUACGUCACAUGUUUGGAGUCUCACAGGUGUGCAGUGAAUCAUGGGUGAGGUUUGGUUUAAUCCACAAUGCUCCGGCACACUUUCCCCCAGUGUCACAGACAAGGCUUAAUCUAGUCCCAGACUAAAUGCAUGUUCGUUUUAACUGAAGGCGACUCUUAAAAUAAUAAGUGCUACUGUUUUGUCUCAAGAUGUUUUUUUUUUUUCUAAAGGCACGUUUAUAAAAGCUUCUUAAAUGUCCUAAUUUAACUAAUCCUGGCUUAACCUAAACCCUGUCUGUGAAACCGGGCCUUUGUUGUGAAAUCCAAACAUGUGACGUUUAGUAAGUGUUUUUGCAAACCAAUAUUUAAACAGUGUUUGCGUAUAUCGUCCCAGUAUUUCAGUGCACUGCUGUAGUGUGUUCCUUUUGUAGGAUGUACUCAUUAAAGUCUUGUUUAACUUCUUAAAACACUUUUUUAAUCUACCUCAAAUGAUCAAACCAGUAAACUGUCCGUUUUCUUUUAUUACUGUUCAAGUUAUGUAAAGUUACAGCAAACUGUCCAAGAAGCAACUAAAUAUGUCAAGAGUUUUAUGUGCUGUUUAUCGUUCCAAGGCUUCACGAGCGCUAUAUCUAUUUUUAAAUUAUUCAUAAAGGCUAAACACUGUAAAGUGGGAUGAAAUGAAACCUGAAAUGGAUUAAAGCAAAUGUAAAAGCA